GGCAUUGUACCACUGGGGAUAAGCUCUCGUGCGUUGUAUUGCGCUGUGUUGCAUUGUGACGGUCGGUACAGUGGGCAUUGGGCGCGGAAAAGGCCUUAGAAUUAGAAAAAGAAUAGACACUCAGCAUGCCUGCGGACCUGCCAGCAUACUGCUUCGCGGCCAUCGUGGCGGCCGGCGGAGUCAUGGGCUACGCCAGGGCUGGCAGUCUGAUGUCGCUGGUGGCCGGGCUCGGGUUCGGCGCGGCGCUCGGUGUCGGCGCGCAGCAGGUGUCUGACGACCCGUCCAACCUCCACCUCUCGCUGGCGGUCAGCGCCAUCCUGCUCGCAGUCAUGGGCGCCCGCUUCCGCAGGAGCGGCAAGAUGAUGCCGGCCGGGCUGGUGACGGCCAUCAGCCUGCUGUUCGUCGUGCGGUACGGCUGCCGCGCGCUCACCGGCUCGCGCUGGUAGUGCGGGCGGUGGCGGCCGGCCAUCCGACCACGAGGACGGCGGAGAUCCGGGCCCAUCGGACGGCGGGCCGGCGCACCCUUGGUGCGUCGCGCCACAAGCUGGCAGCCGGAGAAGCACGCAACGAGUGCCAGCAUCGUGAUUCCCCACCAGGACCUGUAUCAUUGUUAUGCAUAACGCCCGCGGCCGUCGCGCCCCAUCGCCCAGUUUUAGACGAUGAUUUCGUGUGUGCCGUCGGCUGCCGCGCUGGCACUUUGUGUGCUGCGCCGCUCCUGCCGCGCGCUAAUGAAUCCAAUCUAAACACAGCUCGUCAGAACGAACCGACUCUGACUCUCGCCGCUCCUGUUUCACCGCGCCCCCGGCCGCCGGCGGCCGGGUCGGCCGGGUGCCUCCCCUCCGGUGCUGUUUGCCUCUCGCCGUCCGUGCGCGCGGCGCGCGAUCUCCCUCGCACCCGCCUCCGCCCCGGGCGGCGGCCGGCGGGGUCGAUUGGACGGCGGUCGCUGAUGGAGAUUGUGUUUUGUCGCGGGCUCCUCCGCCGCGUGGGAUCAAGGUUGUGGGUUUGUGGCGCCGGGCGCGCCUCCUGCGGCCGCCUGGGGGUGGCUCCGGGGGCGCCGUGCCCUCCGUGUGGUGCUGGUGUGGGGGCUAGUCUGGUAUUGACGCAUGGGAUGCUACGCUGUGUAUCUUUGUUGAUGUUUAAUGGUGAUUUAUACGCCCCAAGGGACCACUGCCGCGCGCUCGCGCUUUUGCGAGAUGGGCAGCGCGAUGCGAGCGAUGAACGGGUGGGGCGACCGUCGCAGCCUAAUACACACGUAUCAGUUGA